AAGUGCUUCCCUCCUGAUUUCCCCCACACAAGCCUAAAACCAACACAUCCUCUUUCAAAUCUGGAUCCAUAAAUGCCACGCUAGCUCUCUCUCUCUCUCUCUCUCUCUCAUACCGCUCUCUCCUCUCUCCUCUCCCCCCCCCCCCCCUCUCUCUCUCUCUCUCUCUCCGGUGAUCUGUUAGCUGCUACAGAAUUGCAGAUGCGAUGUGGAAGAGAGGAGUGCAUAACCGUAGUAACGCAAUUAAGAAGAGGCUUUUCGGAAAGUUAUCGAUUGUGGUUAUCGUAAUUGUGAUCUGCACUGGCUCCUUGUUUGCUUCCACUAAAACUUACUACAAUGCUGCACCUCCAGCUCCUUCCAAGGUUAGUGUGGAGAACCUAUGGGGUACUGCUACGUCGGAAGGUUGGAGACCUUCAUCUGCUCCACGAUCUGAUUGGCCCCCUCCUCCAAAUGAAAGCAAUGGCUAUCUGCGUGUUCGUUGUAAUGGAGGUCUGAAUCAACAGCGUACUGCGAUAUGCAAUGCAGUUCUUGCUGCAAGAAUCAUGAAUGCUACACUUGUGCUUCCUGAGUUGGACGCAAACUCCUUUUGGCAUGAUGACAGUGGUUUUCAGGGUAUAUAUGAUGUCGAUCAUUUUGUCAAUUCACUCAAGGAUGAUGUACGUAUUGUAAUGAGCAUUCCUGAAAUUCAAAAAAAUGGAAAAACAAAGAAGUUAAAGGCGUUCCAGAUUCGACCUCCUAGAGAUGCUCCUGUCAGUUGGUAUACAAAAGAUGCUUUGGAGAAGAUGAAAGAACAUGGUGCUAUCUAUCUCACUCCUUUUUCCCAUCGUCUUGCUGAAGAGAUUGACAUACCGGAAUACCAGCGAUUGAGAUGCAGAGUUAACUACCAUGCUCUCAGAUUCAAGCCACAUAUUAUGAAGUUAAGUAACUCGAUAGUCAGCAAUCUUCGUACAGAAGGCCACUUCAUGGCAAUUCAUCUUCGGUUUGAGAUGGAUAUGUUAGCAUUUGCUGGGUGCUAUGAUAUAUUUAAUCCUGAGGAGCAAAGGAUAUUAAAGAAAUAUCGGAAGGAAAAUUUUAAAGAGAAGGAUCUUAAAUACAGUGAAAGAAGGGCUAUUGGAAAAUGUCCGCUGACACCAGAAGAGGUUGGUCUAAUCUUGAGUUCGAUGGGAUUUGAAAAUUCCACAAGGAUUUACAUUGCAGCUGGUGAUUUAUUUGGCGGUGAGCGGUUUAUGCAGCCUUUUGAAUCCAUGUUCCCACACCUUGAGAACCACAAAACGGUUGAUACCUCUGGUGAGCUAGCUGAGAGCACUCGGGGCUUAUUAGGCUCUGCUGUGGAUUACAUGGUUUGUCUUCUGUCUGACAUAUUUAUGCCAACAUACGAUGGACCUAGCAAUUUUGCCAAUAAUUUAAUGGGCCAUCGUCAAUAUCAUGGUUUUCGCACCACACUUCAUCCUGAUAGGAAAGCCCUUGCUCCAAUCUUCAUUGAUCGAGAAAAGGGGAGAACAGCUGGUUUUGAAGAAGCUGUCCGGCGUACAAUGCUCAAGACAAAUUUCGGAGGUCCUCAUAAACGAGUCCCUCCGGAGUCUUUCUUUACAAAUUCUUGGCCUGAAUGCUUUUGCCAAACAGACCCACAAAAUCUUGCCGAUAGAUGUCCACCAAGUGAUACAGUGCAGAUAGUAGAAAGUCAAAUGGACAGCGAUACAACAAUCAACUCAGAUACCACCCAAUCUAACAUGACGGCUGUGGUAGAAAGAUAGGAAUAUUUACAACACAUUUAUGUCAAUCAGCUGGAUACCUUUGUAAGUGAUAAUAUGUUACCAGACAAGUGGGCUUAAAGGUUUUAAUCAGCAGUUCCAGAUGCAGAUACCUUUUUUUAAGGAGGCUUCCGAGGAAUGUACAAGCAGUUAAGGGAGGAAGGUAACUUGGUAGAUAUUCCUGAAGGAGUUAUAAAUUAUAUGUACUAGGUAUCUCAAAAAAGUCGAAGAUUUUGGGGUAUGAGGUUUAUUGAUUACACUAGAUAUCGCUGGUUUUUUGUUUAAUUAGUUUGUUGAUGAUGACGUCCAUUUUUUCCCGAGGAACCUUAGCUAAGCUAGUUAACUUUUCUCCAUUUUGGCGGGCAUUCCAUAUGUUUCAAGUGCUGAUGUACAAUGAGUAAUACAAAAGUGUUCAAUGCCUAAUUGUUAUCAGUGUCUGGUUUUGUAGUGACCUCUAUGCUUUUAUGCAUUUUAUUUUAUAUAUAUAAAAGACGGUGAAUGUUCAUGAUUAA